UGGUAGCUUGGUACGGCCUGGGUUAAUGACACAGUCCCGAAGAUAAGGCCUAGCCCUCUUGAUAUCCAGACGUUACUCCACCAGCUCCUUUUCAUUGAGAAAACCUUAUCAGUUUCCCUGGAUUAUACCAGCAGUCACCUGGCAGAGCGCAUGGUUGUUUUGCACAGAGAGUGUAUUGACAAGUCAAGGUCCACUUGGGUGGCCUUAUAAAUACAGAGGCGAGAGCGUUUGUAUCCAGUAGAGCCUUUUCAUGAUGGAUAACCAAUGUCAGUGCAGCAGCGACAGACUGUUAAAUCCCAUCCUCUUUAACAUUCUCAGCCAAUUGGAUAACAGCUGCCCGAGUCCGCACGACUAUAAUUCAAUACCUCAUCGAUGCAAUUGUGAGCUGCGGCGAACGCUUCCACCUAAUGACCAGUUCAUGCUCCUUAAAAACUGUUGGGCGCCCCUCUUCAUCCUUGGCCUUGCGCAGGAGCACGUGGACUUUGAGGUGGAAGACGUCCCGGCUGACAGCAUGCUGAAGAAGAUUCUUCUGCGACAAGAGGGGGGGACGGAGAUGGAGCAGCCCACCAUGGCUGGCGUCAGCAAACUCAAGUCCUGCCUCAAAAAGUUCUGGAGCUUAGACUUGAGUCCAAAGGAGUAUGCGUACCUUAAAGGGACGACAAUAUUUAAUCCAGACAUCCCAGAUCUAAAUGCAUCUCUGUUUAUCGAGGGCUUGCAACAAGAGGCACAGCAAGCUCUGAGCGAGGUGGUCCGACUGCUUCACCCCACACGACAGGAGCGUUUCGCCCGCAUCCUUCUCACGGCAUCAAUGCUACAAAGCAUCACGCCCAGUCUGAUCAUCGAGCUCUUAUUCCGGCCUAUAAUUGGCCAUGCUGACCUGUUUGAAGUUCUGGUGGACAUGCUCUUCUGCAGGUAGAGGAAGCCGUUGUUGACAAAACUGAAGCCAAUCUUUUCCAUUCAAAUGCAAGCAAAAAUAUUGCUUAUUUUUCAUGACAUUUUCUUAAAUGGAAGCAGACGUCAGGAACUAUUUCAUCUCUGGAUAAUUUUACUUAUCCAACAUUGCAAAAACAAGUCUUGAUGUCACACUUGUUGAAAAUGUUAUGUUAUGUUAGCUCUGUUGUAAAUAAAUAUGUUUUUGCACUUACAAAACAAUCCAAAUAAAUCUAUUUUUAUAUAUCAA